AUGAAAUCUAUCCUACUUACUUCUUCUAAGUCACCGUCCAACAAUCAUCUGCUGUCAUCGUCUGUUGGAUCUCAUAAUCACCGAAAGAAUGAUUCGAAUCGUAAUAAUGAAAUCACUGAGGAUGUGAUUGAUAAUGUAAAUAGUAGUGUGAUUGAAAACAUUGAGAAGGAACAGUAUAAUAAGCUAAUCAACCAUAGUAAUAAUAUUAAAAAGCAAGUGAUAAGAAGUAAAAUUAUUGCUAAAAAAGAUGAUAAAUUAAAGCGUGUUUCAAGUGAUAAUAAUAAUAUUCUAAGUGGUGGUAAUCAAAAUAAUAAUAAUUUUAAUGAAUUUCUCUUAACGAGUACGGAGAGUCAUCCGUUAAUUGAUACAAAUAAUAUUGCAAAGCUAAAUGAUAACGAUAAUAUUCAGAAAACAGCAACAAAGUUUCUAAAUUUACAUUCAAAAAAUGGCACAACCUUAAUAUUUCAAAGAAAAAAUUGCUUACAAUCUAGGCAACAGCCGACACAACAGCAACAGCAUCAGCAGCAACAACAAAAUUCAUCUGGAGUAAAUGUGAAUGAAGAAUUGAAAAAAGAAAGUUUUAAGAAACGACAAAGCCUACAGUGGCCAGUUAGUAGUGCAGUUUCCAGCAAUAAGUUUGAUAAUCGUAUCAGACAUCAUUCUUGGUAUGACGAUUCGAGAUAUCCGAAUGCAAUAGAGGAGGAAUUUCAGGAAAACUCGCCAUUAACCCAAUUUACUAGAAACGACGAAAACAAUCUGGCAGAGAUUAAAACAAUUGUUGCAUCUUCAAUAUUAAAUAUUUCUAAUAAUGAAAAUGUACCUGACAGCAACACAACAUCCAAUAACGUAAUAAUGAAAACAUCUUCAAUUGAAAAUUCCACGUCAACCACAACAACGACAGGUUCAACCAAUACAUCGUCAAAGCGAUGGAGAAUCGAGCAGUUUCUAAAGAGUCUAGUUGGAAAGCGCUCAUCAUCGGCAGCUCCAACAUCGACGGCAACAAUAAAUUCAAAUUCUAUACAAAAAGUGUCAAAGAGUCCAUCAGCAUAUGAUUUGUUGCCACAAAAGUCGAGCCGAUGUGGAUCAAUAACAUCCUUAAAUAAGGAUCGACUGAUAAAUAAAUCGACUGCAUCGCUCAAUUCGACAUCUCUUGCGAUGGUUCACCAAAAAUUAUGGUCUGUUGUUCCUUUAUUGAAUCAUCGUGGGAAAGAUUUUAGUUCAAGCAUUGCGGGUGCAAGUUGUAACAACUUAUUAGCAAAUUUAAAUGGUAAUGUAUCGAUGUCUCACCAACAUCAUAGUCAUAGAAUGAGAAAAUGUGAGACAGUAUUGGCAUUAUCAAGUGAUGAGCCAUUAAUAUCGCGCCGAAAUCAUUCAAAAUCGAUAAAUAGUUUAUUGGAGCCAAUUAGACCACUUAAUAGACUAAGAAAUAGUCAAAGCUGUUAUGUCAACUGCGAUCCAAGUCAAUCAUUCACAACAAAUAACGUACGACAAAUACAAGAAUGUUCACAUUGUUCUAGUCUUUUAUCAUUGGCGGCUGUAGGCGAUUCCAAUUAUUCAUUAACGAAUGGUGCAUUUGUUUUAAAAAAUACUUGUAAUAAAAGUAAUCAUAAUCACAAUAAUAAUAAUAAUAAUAAUGGAAAUCGAACAAAACGUAAUUCAGCAACAGUUCAAGAGGAUCUCUUAAUGACGACAUCAAGCAUUGUAUUAGUUGAUGACGAGGAUGAUUGCGGUAGUAAUCAUAAUUUAAUUGAAAAUGAUUUUAAUUCAAUUGAGCCUUACGACACGAGCAGCGUUAAAUUGUCAUUAGUUAAAGGACAUCAUUCAUCAUCAAUAACAGCAAAUUCCUCUUUACUAGCUACAAAAUUCACGUGUAAACUGUGCCUUGGUGAAUUUUUCAAUGAAGAUAAGCUCACAACCAUUGCAUCAUGUAAUUGCACAUUCUGUACAGAAUGCAUGCGAGCUUACGUUGAAUUUGAAAUCUCUGAGGGAGCUUAUGAGCUAUCAUGUCCAGAUGCUUUAUGUAAUUCACAAGGCGUUGUUUCCCUCACCGAAAUUUCCCAACUUGCUAACGCAAGCUUAGUGUCAAAGCAUCACCGUUAUCGACUUAAUAGAGAAGUGGAACUUGAUAAAUAUCGGUUAUGGUGCCCGAAUCGAAACUGUGAGACAAUUUGUUCUGUAAUUCCCGCGAACGAGAAGCCUUCAACUUCAUCUCAAUCUGCAAUUCAGCAGCAACCUUCAUCAUCUACUGCCACAUUAUUACUUCCUCGUUCUGUUCUAUGUCCAACAUGUAGUUUAGAGUUUUGUUCGAGUUGCAAAAAAGCGUGGCACCCAUCGAUCACAUGCGAAGAAAAUUCUAAACGUCUCGGUAGCCGAAAUGACUCAAUGAUGCUGUUUGAUAAUGAUCUUAUCAAGAACUGUCCCAUGUGUGCUGUUCCAAUUGAAAAAGAUGAAGGCUGUGCUCAAAUGAUGUGUAAACGAUGCAAACAUGUAUUUUGUUGGUAUUGUUUAGCGAGUUUAGAUGAUGAUUUUCUACUGCGUCAUUACGAUAAAGGAUCAUGCAAAAAUAAGCUUGGACAUUCUCGAGCAUCUGUUGUUUGGCAUCGUGCACAAGUCAUUGGAAUUUUUGCAGGAUUUGGUAUUUUACUGUUGGUCGCUUCUCCGCUUCUACUUCUCGCCGCACCUUGUAUUGUCUGCUGUAAGUGUAAAAUAGAAGAAUCGACAACGGUUGGAAAAUUGGACGAACCUGAAAAUGAUCAUCAAGUAUGA